CUCAUCCGUCGAAUUCCCACCGCGGCUUCCUUCCUGUUUUCUUCUCCGCGGGAAGAUUUCUUUCGUGGAGGACGAGUACGGUUCAGCUUACUCUGGAUGAAAGUUUGCAUCUUGGGCGCAGACGAGGUGUUUGUGCGGACGACAAGAAGAAACCUCACCUAAAACGCGGUUUCUUCUCAGCCGCUCUCGAGCUGAAGGGAAUUUGGUGUCUUCUAGUGUGUUUUCUGGACUUGGUCUCCCGGAGUUGUAAUCCAUUCGAUCGAGCUCGUCGUUUGAAGUGUUCAAAGAAUAGAGACGGCGACGGCAGGAGAACGCGAAUAGUUUGUCUAAUUAAUUACCUUCUCAGCUCUGCUUUAUUAGAAAAGCGCUCGUCAACUCCAUAGUUUCUUUGUUCAUGGGCUCAGCGGCGAAGCUUCACCUCGGUCCGAUGCUUUGAUUCGAAGAGGACAGGAGCUUGGCGUCGUAGCUCCGACGCUCGAAGCGUUCUGCAGGUUCCAAUUAAAGCAGUAUAAGAAGCAAGCGGAGUCAUGGCUUCCAAUGGUAUUCUCCGAUCCAACCGCUCCACCCGCGGCCCCGGUGAACCACCGCAGGGCAGAACCGAGCUGCCCCCGAUCCCUCGCGGCCCGACAGUCCAAUUCGGCCGCAGGACGGAGUCCGGCCGAUUCAUCAGCUUCUCUCGCGACGACCUCGACAGCGAGCUGGCCGGCAGCGAGUUGGGCAGCGGCCGCUUCGAUAACUACCAUGUCCACAUCCCCAUGACUCCCGACAACCAGCCCAUGGACCCUUCCAUCUCGACCAAGGCGGAGGAGCAGUACGUCAACAGCUCCAUCUUCACCGGCGGCUUCAACAGCGUCACCCGCGCCCACGUCAUGGACAAGGUUAUCGACUCCGAGAGCGGCCAGGGUGGGGGCGGCGGAAACGGCCUCACCUGCGCCAUUGAGGGGUGCGACUGCAUGGUCAUGCGGGACAAGCACGGGAACGUGAUGGUUCCCUGCGAGUGCGACUUCAUGAUCUGCGUCGACUGCUUCACCGACGCCGUCAAGACCGGCGGCGGGGUCUGCCCGGGGUGCAAGGAGCCGUACAAGACGACCGACCUGAGCGAGCUGCUGGGGACAGCCGGUGGGCGGGCCCUAACGCUGCCGCAUCUCCCGUCUGGGGCGCCAAAGAUGGAGCGAGGGCUGUCUGUGGUGAAGCCGCAGAAGCUGCCGCACUCGCAGACCAUGACGCAGACGGGGGAGUUCGAUCACACCCGGUGGCUAUUCGAGACGAAGGGUACGUACGGAUAUGGAAACGCCAUAUGGUCCGAGGAGAAUUACGAUGACGUUGACGGCGGCGACGGCGGAGGAGGAGGGCAUGGACAGCCAAAGGAGUUCAUCAGUAAGCCAUGGAGGCCUCUUACACGCAAAUUGAAGAUCCCUGCUGCCGUCCUCAGCCCUUACAGGCUCCUCAUCGUCAUUCGUAUGGCUGUUCUCGCUCUGUUUCUCACAUGGAGAAUCAAACACAAGAACGAGGACGCCAUAUGGUUGUGGGGGAUGUCGGUCGUCUGCGAGUUAUGGUUCGCCUUCUCUUGGCUUCUGGACCAGCUUCCAAAGCUCUGCCCUGUGAAUCGAGCCACUGACCUCGCCGUCCUCAAGGAGAAGUUCGAAAUGGCGACGCCUUACAAUCCAACGGGGAAAUCUGAUCUCCCAGGCAUCGACGUCUUCGUUUCCACGGCCGACCCAGAGAAAGAACCCGUACUGGUCACCGCAAAUACGAUUCUGUCUAUUCUUGCAGCCGAUUACCCGGUCGAGAAGCUUGCUUGCUAUGUUUCGGAUGAUGGAGGUGCGCUUCUGACAUUUGAAGCCAUGGCGGAGGCUGCCAGCUUCGCUUACAUAUGGGUUCCUUUCUGCCGUAAACAUGGCAUCGAGCCUCGCAAUCCUGAGAGCUACUUCAGCUCCAAGAAGGAUCCUUACAAGAAUAAAGUCCGCUCUGAUUUCGUCAAGGACCGGAGACGGGCGAAGAGAGAAUACGAUGAGUUCAAGGUCCGGAUCAAUGGCUUGCCGGAUUCAAUUCGUCGGCGCUCGGAUGCGUUUCACGCUCGUGAAGAGAUUAAAGCCAUGAAUCUGCAGCGGGAGAAGGCCGGUGAUGAUCCUGUGGAACCUGUGAAGAUCCCUAAGGCUACUUGGAUGGCUGAUGGCACGCACUGGCCAGGAACUUGGAUUAACCCCUCAGCGGAGCACUCUCGAGGCGAUCAUGCUGGAAUCAUACAGGUGAUGUUGAAGCCUCCAAGCGACGAACCCCUGUACGGGAACAACGACGAGAAAUCACCGUUGGACUUCACCGACGUCGACAUCCGCUUGCCCAUGUUGGUCUAUGUGUCCCGCGAGAAGCGCCCUGGUUACGACCACAACAAGAAGGCAGGCGCCAUGAACGCCCUCGUCCGCGCCUCUGCCAUCAUGUCGAACGGCCCCUUCAUCCUCAACCUCGACUGCGACCACUACAUCUACAACUCGCAGGCACUCCGCGAGGGCAUGUGCUUCAUGAUGGACCGCGGCGGCGAUCGAAUCUGCUACGUCCAGUUCCCGCAGCGGUUCGAGGGCAUCGAUCCCUCCGAUCGAUAUGCCAACAACAACACCGUGUUCUUUGAUGUCAACAUGCGCGCACUCGACGGUCUCCAGGGCCCGGUGUACGUCGGCACCGGCUGUCUCUUCCGCCGCAUCGCGCUCUACGGUUUCGAUCCUCCUCGCGCCAAGGAGCACAGCGCCGGUUGCUGCAGCUGCUGCCUACCACGCAAGCGAAAGCCCCGGGCUGCGGCGAACUCCGAAGAGACGCGAGCUCUUCGCAUGGGCGACUACGACGACGACGAAAUGAACAUGUCGACGUUUCCAAAGAAGUUUGGGAAUUCGAGUUUCCUCAUCGACUCGAUCCCAAUUGCAGAGUUCCAAGGCCGGCCUCUUGCUGAUCACCCUUCCGUGAAGAAUGGCCGCCCGCCCGGUGCUCUCACCGUCCCUCGCGACCUGCUCGACGCCUCCACGGUCGCUGAAGCGAUCAGUGUCAUCUCAUGUUGGUACGAGGAGAAGACCGAGUGGGGGCAGCGCGUCGGGUGGAUCUACGGCUCCGUGACAGAGGACGUGGUCACCGGGUACAGGAUGCACAACAGAGGCUGGAAGUCGGUCUACUGCGUCACCAAGCGCGACGCCUUCCGCGGCACGGCGCCCAUCAACCUUACCGACCGGCUCCACCAGGUGCUCCGCUGGGCCACCGGCUCCGUGGAGAUCUUCUUCUCUCGCAACAAUGCCUUGUUAGCCAGCCCGAGGAUGAAGUUUCUGCAGAGGGUUGCGUACCUCAACGUCGGCAUCUAUCCCUUCACCUCCGUCUUCCUCAUAGUGUACUGCUUCCUGCCGGCGCUCUCGCUCUUCUCGGGACAGUUCAUCGUGCAGACCCUGAGCGUGACCUUCCUCACCUACCUGCUCAUCAUCACCUUGACGCUCUGCCUCUUGGCGAUCCUGGAGAUCAGGUGGUCGGGGAUCGAGCUGGAGGAGUGGUGGCGGAAUGAGCAGUUCUGGCUCAUCGGAGGCACCAGCGCUCACCUCGCGGCAGUGAUGCAGGGGCUGCUCAAGGUCAUUGCUGGGAUAGAGAUCUCGUUCACGCUCACCUCGAAGUCAGCCGGAGACGACGACGACGACGAGUUUGCGGAUCUCUACGUCGUGAAAUGGACGUCGCUGAUGAUACCCCCCAUCACCAUCAUCAUGCUGAAUCUGAUUGCCAUUGCGGUGGGGGUGAGCAGGACCAUAUACAGUGUGAUCCCGCAGUGGAGCAAGCUGCUGGGUGGGGUGUUCUUCAGCUUCUGGGUGUUGGCUCAUCUGUACCCGUUUGCCAAGGGGCUGAUGGGGAGAAGGGGGAGGACGCCGACCAUCAUCUACGUCUGGUCUGGGCUGGUCGCCAUCACCAUAUCGUUGCUGGUGGUGGCGAUCAACCCUCCGGCGGGGGCCAACUCUCAGAUUGGCGGUUCCUUCUCGUUCCCUUGACCCCCGGCAAAGCACGGCCAAGUGUUUGGAUGAUGACUCAAUCAUAUGCCUAU